GUGCCGGGGCCCGCAGACUCAUCCCAGAGCAGCCCGACCUGAGGGGCUGCUUUGAAGCCAGGGCUGGGCUGAGCCUCCUGCCCGUCCGGAGAGCUCUCGGCGCACGGGGACGGCUCUGUCACUUUUCUCUGCGAAAGAGGAAGCUGUCUCCAAAUAACUCGGCGCUUCCCUUUCUGCCCUGCCCGCUUUGAAGCGGCUGCAGAGCCCGAGAGCUGCCGGCGCUCCUCCGGCCCCCGAUGUCCCCUGCGGGACCCCGCCGUGCCCCCCGCUCUGGCCGGGCCCUCGGGGGAGGCUGUGACUCCCUGGGCCCUCCGAGCCCCCCCUGAGGAAGGUGUUGCCCCGGAUCCAAGGCCAUGCCCGAGUGCAGUGAGGAGUUCUGUGCACUUCCCCCACGAGCUGCAGCCUCAGUGUGGCCAUGGAGAGCUCAGAGCUGGAGUCGGACAUCCUGCGGCGAGUGCGGGCGCUGCUGCGGGAGCUGGACGGGCACCACCCCUCCUGCCAGAGUGACCGAGGAAUGCUGCGAUGGACCCUGCACAAGAAAAUCGAACAGAACCCCAGCACCAGCUGUGUCCUGGUCAGGAUCCUGGUGAAGGAGUUGGAAAGGGCAGAGCGAGGGGACCUGCGGCACUACAUCAUCCCCCUGCUGCACACGCUGAUGUACACCUUGAUCCAGGCUCCCUGCAUCCCUGAUGAGCUCUGUGCCAGGGUUUAUGACUUCUGCAAGAGGUUGCUGACCCUGCCCAAGCCCUUCUGCACCAUCGGGCUGGACUAUGCCAGCAGGCUGCAGGUGGAGAGGACAGCCCCAGGAACCUUGUACCAAAGAAUGGUCAUUUCCGAGCAGAGCCUGUGGAGCGCCCCGUUCCCUUACCAGGAGAAGAUUUUCAUCUUUGCUGACCCAGAGCUGCUGCCUGAAGCCAUCUGCAACGCGCUGGUCACCGACACCGAGGCAGCCCAAGUGUCCCAGAGCCCCCGGGGCUGCAUGAGCUGUGUGGUCACCCACGCCCUGCAGGCGGCCCUGGGUGACACCUGCGACAUCCACGGCCUCAGGAACCGACUCCAGGCCUUGGCCCCAGGGGACGUGGAGCACUGGUUCCAGCAGGUGGUGGUGGCCAUGGAGGGCACAGCCAGUGAGGGGGACUCGGACCGGGGCCAGCACACGGCGCGGCUGGAGAGGAUCUACCAUGGCCUCCUGGGCUCCCUGCCUGCAGGGAAUGCUCCCCAGGAAGGGCUGCAGGGGACUCCUCUGCCCAACCCCAACAUCAGCUUCCACCUGUGGACAGAAGAUGAGCAGCUCUGGAAGGAGCUGGUGCUGUUCCUCCGUCCGCUGUCGCAGAGCUGUGAGCCCGACUGCCUGGGCCAGGAGCUGGACCCCACGGAGGUGCAGGACAUCCUUGCGGGCUGUGGCUGCUGCGAGCAGAGCCGCUUCUCCGUGCUGUCCACCGACAGCGGCAUCGAGCGGGACCUGCCCGCGCAGGACGAGCCCAGCGCCGCGGACACGGAGCCCGCCCGGCUCCACAGGAAGGGCGGCAUCAAGAAAAAGCUGUCCCCGCUGGACAGCGUGGCCUUGCUGCAGGCUGGCAGCGCCGUCCCUGCAGGGAAGCCCCCCGGGAAGCAGCCCAGGAGGUCAGGAACGGCCCCGCAGCCCUUGGCCCCGCUCCAGAGGCGGCACACCGCCCGUGUGAUGCUGCUGGGAGACGAUCGCAUCCUGGGCCGCCUGGCACGAGCCUUCCACUCCCUCAGGAAACGGGAAGCCCGGCGAGUGUUCCUGACUCCCAGGCUGAACCUGCAGUUCUACCACAUCCCUGUGCUGCCAGGACACCCCUCGGCUGCUGCGGAUGCUGCUGGCCCUGAGGGGCUGUGUGAAGUGGCCGGGUACCUGGGCAGGGCUGACCCCUGGUAUGAGAGCAACAUCAACACUCUGUGCCACAUGAUCCCCAAGCUGGCCAGCAUGGUGCUGUUCCAGGACCCAGCGCAGGACCCAGCUGAGGACGUGUUCCUCACGGAGCUGCUGACCCAGGUGCAGGACAGCCCCUCACACAGAGACCUGAGCACAACCAAGAGGAAAAGCAGCCUGGACGGCCCCGGAAUCGAUCUCACCGUGACCUACAGGAAGGUUGUGCUGAGUGACCGGCACAAGGAGCUGGCCCUGGCCCUGCGCUCCACGGGCCUGCUGAUGAAAGCCAUCCCUGCUGAGGAGGCUGAAGGCCUGGGCUGUUUGAGUGUGACCAUCACUGAAAUCAUCAGGAUCAACAACCUGGCAGGACGGUCCUUCUCAGCCGUGGCAAACAGGUUCAAAGCAUGGACUGUGAAGAUCAGGAGCCCAGAGCAGAGACCCUUCACGGUGCGGCUGGACAAGGACAGCAGGAGAACCUACAGGGACGUGAUCGGCCUGGAGGUGUCUCCCUGCCUCGAGCCCAGCUACUGCCUGCAGAAGACAAAGACCAUGAAAUUCAACCUUCACAAAACAGAAGACAUGGGGUUUGUGAAAUACCUGCCCAAGUCUCUGCUGCUGCCCAUCAACACUUUUGCAGGAGUCAUCCAGUGACGGAAACAAAAAGGUGGGGUCAGCACAGAGGACAUGGAAAGAGAACACACACUAAAAGCUGCCAGUGGUGACUUUAAAGAGCAGUGGUGUAAAGAGCUGCCCCAGCAGAGGUGGACAGGCUCAGAGGGCACAGCCAUGCCCUGCUGGUAACAGUGUGACCAUGCCCUGCCAAGGGCACAGCCAAGCUGCAGGGCUGAGCUUUCACCUUUUGCACAAGUCAGGCAAAAGCUUUGAGCUCCUCCAUUCAGGAAGAGUGAGGAAGACCCAUGGGUGGUGCUGGCUGUCCUGUGGAGCCCAGAGCAGCUGGCAGCAGCAAUAUUUAUUUUGAAGAUGACUGACAGCCCAGCAGGGAUCAGGUUUUCACCUCACAGCCCAAACAUUGUUGGUGCUCCCCUGUGCCAGACUUGGGCAGCAAACAUCCUGUCCCUGAAGGAAGCUGAAGGGAGGCAGAAGGCUCACAGGCACAUCUGGAAACCCCUGCACAAGCAGCUGUUGUUGUUGUGAUAAUGUGGGGUUUAAGGGGUGACCAGUGGCUCUAUGCCCCUCUGAUUCUUUGGGGCUUCACUGUGGGGUUUGUACACACAAAGAAAAUGCUCAAAAAGCCAAAAGGCUUUGAGCUGGGCUGGAGUGUGGGCUGUGUGUCCAGAGUUUGUUCUGUACAGCUGUAAAUUACCUAGAUGGAUGAUAAAUUAUUUGUAUAGGUGUCAUGGAUCACUUGUACCAGAAGGUGCAAUCCUUUUAAUGCCAAUUUAAAGAAAUUAAGACAAACCCAAGCUGAAACUGCCAGUUGGUUGUUGUUGUGAGUUUGCACGUGGCUGGGGAUGGAUGCCCAGGAGUUUCACUUGAACAUGAGGUUCAGUUUCUGCCCUGUGCAGUGACUGAGACCUAAAUUUCUGGAGGGCAGGAUGGGGCAUCAGCCCAGCCUGGCACUGCUGGAAGCUGAUCCUGCCUGGCUCAGUUGGAUCCUGAGCAGGGCUCCUCCAGCUGCUGAAACAGCCAGGCAGGGACAGCCACAACCCCAGAAAGAGAGAGGGGAGUUUAUUUCUGUCCCUCACUAACCAGGGGACCCCCAAAGCAAUACCUGGGCACAGGUGCACAAGCAGAGAGCAGCACUUGGUCCAUACCAGAGGAUCUCCUCCACAUGGAGUUAUCCCAGGUUAUUCCCAGCUGGAAGCCACUGGUUUUCAGCCUUCCUCUUUUAACCCAUUCCUGGCUCAAGCCUCCUUACCCGCCCUGCCUUCACCUCCAAGGCACAGAUUUCAGCUGCUCUCCAGGAGGUAAGUUUUGCUUAUAAAUGAAACAUCGGUGGUCUGAUGUCAUCAAAAAAUCUUCAGUGGGAUUUAAAUGAGCCUUGGAGUCUCUUCAGCCACCAGCAAAGGCUGCUGUCCAUUGAUCAGGUAUUCCUUGGUCAGGGAAUCGCAUCAUUCCUGAGAAGAAGGAUGGAUUUUAGUAACAUCUGCCUGAGUGGCUCACAAGUACCCAGACAGGCAGCUGCAAAAAGCAGAAUAUUUAUGGAAAUGCAUAUUUAAUAUGGCAUAUGCAAAUGGCCUGGCAGUGUGUCACCCUGCCGUGUUGUGGGCUCGGCAGGAAGCGCUGGAGACAAGGAAAGGAUUCCUGGGUGAUAAUUCCUUUCUCUGUAUGAAUCAAUCCCGCAUUAUCUGUACAUCAGAUGCUUUCAGGGUAAUUAGCUCUCUCUCUUCCCAGCACCAAUCCUCUGUGCCAGCACAAUGCUCUGCUGGAAUGGCUCUAUAGAUAGAAUUGUCCUGUGCCAAGAAUAGCUGGAACUUUUUAUUAAGAUGUUAUCUUCUCCCAGGAAUUCAAACACGAGUGGAGCAAUUUUGAUGUCAAGAAUUUCUCCUGGUCUUGUUAUUGUGUAAUACCUGAGGAACAAAGCGAGUUAAUGGGGAUCUGCCUGCACUCAGUCAUCCCUGCACACAGCACAUCCAGAGCCUUUGUAAGAGGCACAGAAAGAGCUGCAAUGGUUUGAAAUGCAGCUGCUGCUUCAGCUGCCAGUGCUGCCCUCGUUAGAAGCCGAUUACCUGGGUGAGCUGUGCCCUUUCCAUCUGCCUCAGCACAGCAGCAGCUGCUGGAUUCCAGCUGCACAAGGAGAGGCCUUGGAGUGACAGGUGCCUGUCCAUCCUGGAGCUCCCUGAAUCAGCACCAAAUGUGCUGAUUAAUUUAAUGGAUUGAUAAUCUUAAAAAAAACAACUCAUUGUGCAAGAUUAUUACAUUGACGUUCAGCUUUGGGCAUUCUCUUGAAUCCUGCCUGUUCACAGCACAAGUGCAUCUCCCUAAGGAGAAGAGGAAGAUCCAUUGAAUCUCCUCAGCCUCAGAAUUCCAGAACCUGGGCGAGGGAAGAAGCCCAGGCUGCUCCUGUCAGGUGUGGAGCACAUGCUGCUCCUGUCCCCAAUCUACACUUUCCUCCACACUGUGGAUUUUCCCAGGAGGAUUCCAUCCCAUCCACCAGAUCCAAUGGUGUGUGAAUUGUAUCCUGACUGUGGGUGACUCUGGACUGCCUGAUUUACUCCCAUGCUUUUAUUAGGGAUAAAGUGAGUGUAUAAAAUGCAUUAAACUCAAAUUCAGCCCCCAGCAGAUCUGGCUGCUCACAGUGAAAGUCAUCCUGGAGAGUAAUUGCCUGAAAAAAUGAUUAAAAUAUUUACAGGUUCAUUUUC